CGCCGGUUCCUUGUGUAAUGUGUCACCCUCAAACAUGUCCGCUCGUUCGUUCGAUUCUCCCGGUGAAUGACAGCUAUAAGUCAAUCAAAAAUGGUCAGGAGAUUGUUAUAAAAUUCAGCGUAUUUAUUCUGUUAUUUAAUUUACUUAAAUUUUUUUCGUGCCGACCAUUCGUACGUGCUGGACUGUGGACACUUGCAGGUGAUCCACUUCCUGCCAUGCUGCUGUCACCUCUCCUCUGCCACUCGCUACGCGGCCUCUGGGCCUCGGCCCCCCUGCCUCCCAGAUGCUUGAGGGCUCUUCACUGCGAUGCCAGGAGGCCGCUGCACUUCCUGUGGCGGAGGACGCCCCUGUGCCCCCACGUCCAGAGCCGAGGGGUCAAGAGCAGAAAGCGUCCAAGCUUCGAGGAGCAGCAGAAGACUCGCAACAAGACGGUGCUGACCUACGUGGUGGCCGCCGGCGUAGCCAUGGUUGGCCUAUCAUACGCCGCCGUGCCGCUUUACAGGCUCUACUGCCAGGCAACGGGACUCGGCGGGACGGCAGUGGCCGGCCAUGACUCGGACCUGGUAGCCAACAUGGAGCCCGUGAAGGAGCGUGUCAUCAAAGUCACCUUCAACGCGGACACGCACGCCAGCAUGCAGUGGAACUUCAGACCUCAGCAGACGGAGAUCUUCGUGGUCCCGGGGGAGACGGCACUGGCCUUCUACAGGGCAAAGAACCCGACAGACAAGCCCAUCAUUGGCAUCUCCACUUACAACGUGGUCCCCUUCGACGCGGGGCAGUACUUCAACAAGAUCCAGUGCUUCUGCUUCGAGGAGCAGCGUCUGAACCCUCACGAGGAGGUGGACAUGCCCGUCUUCUUCUACAUCGACCCCGAGUUUGACUCCGACCCCAGGAUGGCUCGCGUGGACACCAUCACGCUCUCCUACACCUUUUUCGAAGCCAAGGAGGGACACAAUCUGCCGCUACCGGGAUACAGCUACAACUAAGCGCAAAAACGGACUCACGGCGAGACUUUUGACGUGAAGUUGGACCGCAGACUGAAACUGGAUUUUAGAGAUCAUUGGAAGUGAUGACAUCAUGGAGUGAAACAAGAAGAGGAACUUUUUUUCAAACAUUGGAAUUCACCUCACUGCCAACUCGUCAUUUCGUGAAAACUUUUAAAGACUCACAUCAAUAAAUUGUGAUCACUUGAA